GGGUUGGCGAAAAGUAUAUAUUAUAAUGAUUUCCAAAUCAUCAUCCUUAUAUAAUACAUGCACUUACCAGUAAAAGUAGUUUAAUCUGCCAAUUUUGUCACUUGUAAUGUUUGUGUUCGACUCAGACGUAAAUCACAAAAGCAUCUGUAGUAUUUAUCAACGGCCCUGGGUUUAUUCAACUUUCUAAAUCCAAAGCAAAGGUCCUUUUGGAAAUUUUCUAUCUGAUGAGAUUCUAAUCAUCUCUCUCAUUCAUAUUUUUAAAAAUUUAUUAAUAAAUAAUUAUGUUCAGCUAAAAGAAGGGAAAGAAACAAAUCUGACAAGCUAUUACCUCAUCAUCAAUCUCUUAUAGUUACAGUCAAACAAACCCUUUCUCCUGCUCUCAUGGAAAACCUAGAGAUCUCAUCAGAAUGUCCACUUUCUUGUCAAAACUCAAACAACAGCCAAUCUUUAAUGCCUCAUGAAUCAGGUAAUAAGCCCUAUGUGAGCACAGAGACGAGGAAGACCAAGGUUCCAAAAAGAGCAGAGCGGAGGGUAAAUGACAGUAAGUACCUUGGGGUGAGACAAAGGCCUUCAGGAAGGUGGGUCGCUGAGAUCAAGGACUCCCCACAGAAGCUGAGGCUUUGGCUGGGAACUUUUGACAGAGCAGAAGACGCUGCUAUGGCUUAUGAUUGCGCUGCUAGGCUUCUAAGAGGAAGAAAUGCCAAGACAAACUUCCAGUGCCCUUCAGGGAUGAUCGCCAACACACAUGAGGAAAUCUGCAGCUUUUUGCGUAAGAAUCCAAGGGCUUAUCAGAUUCUUAAGCAUGCAAUCAUGAAAAACCAUCAUGCAGUUCUUUCUUCCACAGCCAUACCUUGGAAGAACCGGAUCAGUAAUAUUACGAGAGAUGACGGAUUCGACACGCUUGUUGAAGAAACUAUAGUAUGCUGUUCCUGUACUAGCUCUGAAGGAGGUUCUUCUUCUUCUUCUUCUUCUGGGUGUUGUGGGGUCACAUUUGGGAGUUCUAAGGUUUAUUCUUCUGUUGUUGUGGCUCCUUCUUUCAGCGCCUCAUAUUGUCAGACCGACGAUGGUCAGGAAGAAUGAGUCUCAUCUUAAUGUAGCUAAUUUUUGCCAUAUUAUAUCCUCCCCACCUUCUGCUGUUGCAGCUUCUUCUUUCAGCACUUCAUUUAAUCAAACAGGUGAUGUUCAUGAAGAAACC